CGUGGACAUGGACGUGGACGUGAUCGUGGACUUGGACAUGGACGUGGACGUGGUCGUGGACGUGGACGUGGACGUGGAGGUGGACGUGGACGUGGACGUGGACGUGGACUUGGACGUGGACGUGGACAUGGACGUGGACGUGGACGUGGACGUGGACGUGGACAUGGACGUGGACGUGGACGUGGACGUGGACGUGGACGUGGACAUGGACGUGGACGUGGACGUGGACGUGGACAUGGACGUGGACGUGGACGUGGACGUGGACAUGGACGUGGACGUGGACGUGGACGUGGACGUGGACGUGGACGUGGACAUGGACGUGGACGUGGACGUGGACGUGGACAUGGACCGUGACGUGGACGUGGACGUGGACGUGGACCUGGACGUGGACGUGGACGUGGACGUGGACGUGGACGUGGACGUGGACGUGGACAUGGUCGUGAACGUGGACAUGGACGUAAACGUGGACAUGGACGUGGACGUGGACGUGGACGUGGACGUUGACGUGGACGUGGUCGUGGACGUGGACGUGGACGUGGACGUGGUCGUGGACGUGGGACGUGGACGUGGACGUGGACGUGGACGUGGACGUGGUCGUGGACGUCCACGUGGACGUGGACGUGGACUUGGACGUGGACCUGUGGACGUGGACGUGGACAUGGACAUGGACGUGGACGUGGACGUGGACGUGGACGUGGACGUGGACGUGGUCGUGGACGUCCACGUGGACGUGGACUUGGACGUGGACGUGGACGUGGACGUGGACAUGGACGUGGACGUGGACGUGGACGUGGACGUCGACGUGGACGUGGACGUGGACGACGUGGACGUGGACGUGGACGUGGACGUGGACGUGGUCGUGGACGUGGACACGUGGACGUGGACGUGGACGUGGACGUGGACGUGGUCGUGGACGUGGACGUGGACGUGGACGUGGUCGUGGACGUGGACCGUGGACGUGGACGUGGACGUGGACGUGGUCGUGGACGUCCACGUGGACGUGGACGUGGACUUGGACGUGGACGUGGACGUGGACGUGGACAUGGACAUGGACGUGGACGUGGACGUGGACGUGGACGUGGACGUGGACGUGGUCGUGGACGUCCACGUGGACGUGGACUUGGACGUGGAUGUGGACGUGGACGUGGACAUGGACGUGGACGUGGACGUGGACGUGGACGUCGACGUGGACGUGGACGUGGACGACGUGGACGUGGACGUGGACGUGGACGUGGACGUGGUCGUGGACGUGGACGACAUGGACGUGGACGUGGACGUGGACGUGGUGGACGUGGACGUGGACAUGGACGUCGACAUGGACGUGGACGUGGACGUGGACAUGGUCGUGGACGUCCACGUGGACGUGGACGUGGACUUGGACGUGGACGUGGACGUGGACAUGGACGUGGACGUGGACGUGGACGUGGUGGACGUGGACGUGGACGUGGACGUGGUCGUGGACGUCCAUGUGGACGUGGACGUGGACGUGGACGUGGACGUGGACGUGGACAUGGACAUGGACGUGGACGUGGACGUGGAAGUGGACGUGAACAUGGACGUGGACGUGGACGUGGACUUGGACCUGGACGUGGACGUGGACGUGGACGUGGACGUGGACAUGGACGUGGACGUGGACGUGGACGUGGACGUGGACAUGGACGUGGACGUGGACGUGGACGUGGACGUGAACGUGGACAUGGACGUGGACGUGGACAUGGACGUGGACGUGGACAUGGACCUGGACGUGAACGUGGACAUGGACGUGGACGUGGACGUGGACGUGGACGUGGACGUGGUCGUGGACGUGGACGUGGACGUGGACGUGGACGUGGACGUGGACGUGGACAUGGACGUGGACGUGGACAUGGACAUGGACGUGGACGUGGACGUGGACAUGGACAUGGACGUGGAAGUGGACGUGGACAUGGACGUGGACGUGGACGUGGACGUGGACGUGGACCUGGACGUGGACGUGGACGUGGACGUGGACGUGGACGUGGACGUGGACGUGGACCUGGACCUGGACCUGGACGUGGACGUGGACGUGGACGUGGACGUGGACGUGGACGUGAACGUGGACAUGGACGUGAACGUGGACAUGCACGUGAACGUGGACAUGGUCGUGAACGUGGACAUGGUCGUGAACGUGGACAUGGUCGUGAACGUGGACAUGGACGUGAACGUGGACAUGGAGGUGGACGUGGACGUGGACGUGGACGUGGACGUGGACAUGGACGUGGACGUGGACGUGGUCGUGGACGUGGACAUGGACGUGGACGUGGUCGUGGACGUGGACGUGGACGUGGACGUGGACGUGGAGGUGGACGUGGACGUGGACGUGGACGUGGACGUGGACGUGGACGUGGACGACGUGGACGUGGACGUGGACGUGGUCGUGGACGUGGACGUGGACGUGGACGACAUGGACGUGGACGUGUACGUGGUGGACGUGGACGUGGACAUGGACGUGGACAUGGACGUGGACGUGGACGUGGACGUGGACGUGGUCGUGGACGUCCACGUGGAUGUGGAUGUGGACUCGGACGUGGACGUGGACGUGGACGUGGACAUGGACAUGGACGUGGACGUGGACGUGGACGUGGACAUGGACGUGGACGUGGACGUGGACGUGGACGUGGUCGUGGACGUGGACGUGGACGUGGACGUGGACUUGGACGUGGACGUGGACGUGGACGUGGACGUGGUGGACGUGGACGUGGACGUGGACGUGAACGUGGACAUGGACGUGAACGUGGACAUGGACGUGAACGUGGACAUGGACGUGAACGUGGACAUGGACGUGAACGUGGACAUGGUCGUGAACGUGGACAUGGACGUGGACGUGGACGUGGACAUGGACGUGGACGUGGACGUGGUCGUGGACGUGGACAUGGACGUGGACGUGGACGUGGACGUGGUCGUGGACGUGGACGUGGACGUGGAGGUGGACGUGGACGUGGACGUGGACGUGGACGAGGACAUGGAUGUGGACGUGGUGGACGUGGGCGUGGACAUGGACGUGGACAUGGACGUGGACGUGGAUGUGGACGUGGUCGUGGACGUCCACGUGGACGUGGACGUGGACAUGGACGUGGACAUGGACGUGGACAUGGACAUGGACGUGGACAUGGACGUGGAAGUGGACGUGGAUGUGGACGUGGACAUGGACAUGGACGUGGACGUGGACAUGGACGUGGACGUGGACAUGGACGUGGGCGUGGACGUGGACAUGGUUGUGGACGUGGACGUGGACGUGGACGUGGACGUGGAGGUGGACAUGGACGUGGACGUGGACAUGGACGUGGACAUGGACGUGGACGUGGACGUCGACGUGGACGUGGUCGUGGACGUCGACGAGGUGGACGUGGACGUGGACGUGGACGUGAACGUGGACAUGGACGUGAACGUGGACAUGGACGUGAACGUGGACAUGGACGUGAACGUGGACAUGGACGUGAACGUGGACAUGGUCGUGAACGUGGACAUGGACGUGAACGUGGACGUGGACGUGAACGUGGACAUGGACGUGGACGUGGACGUGGACGUGGACAUGGACGUGGACGUGGACGUGGUCGUGGACGUGGACAUGGACGUGGACGUGGUCGUGGACGUGGACGUGGACGUGGAGGUGGACGUGGACGUGGACGUGGACGACAUGGACGUGGACGUGGUGGACGUGGACGUGGACAUGGACGUGGACAUGGACGUGGACGUGGACGUGGACGUGGUCGUGGACGUCCACGUGGACGUGGACGUGGACUUGGACGUGGACGUGGACGUGGACAUGGACGUGGACGUGGACGUGGACAUGGACGUGGACGUGGACGUGGACGUGGACGUGGACGUGGACGUGGACAUGGACAUGGACGUGGACGUGGACGUGGACGUGGACAUGGACGUGGACGUGGACAUUGACGUGGACGUGGACGUGGACGUGGACGUGGACAUGGACGUGGACGUGGACGUGGACGUGGACGUGGACGUGGACGUGGACAUGGACGUGGACGUGGACAUGGACGUGGACAUGGACGUGGACGUGGACGUGGACGUGGACGUGGACAUGGACGUGGACGUGGACGUGGACGUGGACAUGGACAUGGACGUGGACGUGGACGUGGACGUGGACGUGGACGUGGACAUGGACGUGGACGUGGACGUGGACGUGGACCUGGACGUGGACGUGGACGUGGACGUAGACGUGGACAUGGUCGUGAACGUGGACAUGGACGUAAACGUGGACAUGGACGUGGACGUGGACGUGGACGUGGACGUGGACGUGGUCGUGGACGUGGACGUGGACGUGGACGUGGACGUGGUCGUGGACGUGGACGUGGACGUGGACGUGGACGUGGACGUGGUCGUGGACGUCCACGUGGACGUGGACGUGGACUUGGACGUGGACGUGGACGUGGACGUGGACAUGGACGUGGACGUGGACGUGGACGUGGACCUGGACGUGGACGUGGACGUGGAGGUGGACGUGGACGUGGACGUGGACGUGGACGUGGACGUGGACGUGGACGUGGACGUGGACGUGGACGUCGACGUCGACGUGGACGUGGACGACGUGGACGUGGACGUGGUCGUGGACGUGGACGACAUGGACGUGGACGUGGACGUGGACAUGGUGGACGUGGACGUGGACAUGGACGUCGACAUGAACGUGGACGUGGACGUGGACAUGGUCGUGGACGUCCACGUGGACGUGGACGUGGACUUGGACGUGGACGUGGACGUGGACAUGGACGUGGACGUGGACGUGGACGUGGUGGACGUGGACGUGGACGUGGACGUGGACGUGGUCGUGGACGUCCACGUGGACGUGGACGUGGACUUGGACGUGGACGUGGACGUGGACGUGGACGUGGACAUGGACAUGGACGUGGACGUGGACGUGGAAGUGGACGUGGACAUGGACGUGGACGUGGACGUGGACCUGGACGUGGACGUGGACGUGGACGUGGACGUGGACAUGGACGUGGACGUGGACGUGGACGUGGACAUGGACAUGGACGUGGACGCGGACGUGGACGUGGACGUGGACAUGGACGUGGACGUGGACGUGGACGUGGACGUGGAAGUGGACAUGGACAUGGACAUGGACGUGGACGUGGACAUGGACGUGGAAGUGGACGUGGACAUGGACAUGGACGUGGACGUGGACGUGGACGUGGACCAGGACGUGGACGUGGAAGUGGACGAGGACGUGGACGUGGACAUGGACGUGGACGUGGACGUGAACGUGGACAUGGACGUGGACGUGGACGUGGACGUGGACGUGGACGUGGACGUGGUCGUGGACGUGGACGUGGACGUGGUCGUGGACGUGGACGUGGACGUGGAGGUGGACAUGGACGUGGACGUGGACGUGGACGUGGACGUGGACGUGGACAUGGACAUGGACGUGGACAUGGACAUGGACGUGGACGUGGACGUGGACAUGGACGUGGACGUGGACGUGGACGUGGACGUGGACGUGGACGUGGACGUGGACCUGGACGUGGACGUGGACCUGGACGUGGACGUGGACGUGGACGUGGACGUGAACGUGGACGUGCACGUGAACGUGGACAUGGACGUGAACGUGGACAUGGACGUGAACGUGGACAUGGACGUGAACGUGGACAUGGACGUGGACGUGGACGUGGACGUGGACGUGGACGUGGACGUGGACGUGGACGUGGACGUGGACGUGGACGUGGACAUGGACGUGGACGUGGACGUGGACGUGGACGUGGACGUGGACUGGUCGUGGACGUGGACGUGGACGUGGACGUGGACAUGGAUGUGGACGUGGACGUGGACAUGGACGUGGACGUGGACGUGGACGUGGACGUGGACAUGGACGUGGACGUGGACGUGGACGUGGACAUGGACAUGGACGUGGACGUGGACGUGGACGUGGACGUGGACGUGGACAUGGACGUGGACGUGGACGUGGACGUGGACCUGGACGUGGACGUGGACGUGGACGUGGACGUGGACAUGGUCGUGA